AUUACUUCUUGCAGAUUGGUGCAAACAAUGGACUACUCUAUAAUAGUAUUUGAUACAGCUCCCACUGGUCAUACUCUCCGGCUGUUGCAAUGUCCUUCAACAUUGGAAAAGGGUCUUGGGCAGUUGAUGAGCUUAAAGAAUAAAUUUGGCGGGAUGUUAGGUCAGAUGACUCGUCUCUUUGGCGUGGGUGAUGAGUUUGGUGAGGAUGCAAUUCUUGGAAGGAUUGAGGGCAUGAAGGAUAUAAUUCAACAAGUGAACAAACAAUUUAGGGAUCCAGAUUUGACAACUUUUGUCUGUAUAUGCAUUCCGGAGUUUCUCUCUCUAUAUGAAACAGAAAGACUGGUGCAAGAACUCAGUAAAUUUGAGAUAGAUACACAUAAUAUUAUCAUCAAUCAAGUACUUUUUGAUGACGAAGUUGUUGAGUCGAAGCUGCUAAAUGCUAGAAUGAAGAUGCAACAGAAGUACCUCGAUCAAUUCUACAUGUUAUAUGAUGACUUCCAUAUUACUAAGUUGCCAUUGCUGCCAGAAGAGGUCUGUGGUGUUGAUGCUCUGAAAGAUUUCUCUCGCAAUUUUUUAUCAGCAUACAAACCUGCCGUUACUAGAGGCACUAUCGAAGAGCUGGAAGGGAGAGUAUCAACACUAGCACAACAGUUGAAAGACGCUGAAGCAGAACUAGAAAAACUAAAGAAAGGGUAACAAUAGGAAUAAUUUCAAGGAGAGUCUCGUCAAUCUUUCUAUGGGCCAAUGA